ACCAUCCUGAAACAGGAAAAGAAUAGCCAAUGUUGAUUCAGUCUCAAAUUAUUAUUUGGAACUCUGAAUAAUGGCCAAUAACUGAUAAAUUACCGAGGCCCCAAUAUGACCCUGCCCCAUGUUAGGCUGAUAACUGCCCCAACAGUCACUAAACCACACCACCUUGGGUUCCAGCGGUGCCAGCAGGACUAUAUUUCAUAGUACACACAAGAACCACCUGUCCGCUACCUUUUACGUGUCCCACACCUGCACAUACAGUAUGUCUACUCAUCGAACGAGUGAGCGAGCAAGAGAGACGGAUUGGAUUUGUGUAUUUCAGCGCUAAAGUUAAGACAUGACCACCAUAAAACUCUGAUUAACCUACCAUAUGCAAGCAACAACAGCCAGCUAAAUAAGCCACAAUAUACUAUUAUAUAUAGAACAUCCCCAAGCAGUGCAGUAAAAGUUGGCAUUAAGCGAUGGAUCUCCUCAUUUAGAAUCAUCAUCAUAAGAACAGUUCCCUAACUAACUACUAAAGAUACUGCUAACAAUAUGCAACAAAAAGAGCAAACCAAGCUGCUACAAUAAACACUCACAAAGCCACAAUAAAAUGAAAUUGAGCCAAUACUGAAUACUGAAAUCUGAAGUUCAUUCUGCGGCUGCUUGUUACAUCAAACUUGCAGAACGGCCUCUGCAUCAAUUUCAAUAUCACGAUGGACGUUAAUCAGUGCUCCACAUCUGCAGUGUCAAUAUUGGGCAUCAAAGCACCAAACUCCUCCUUUAUCUCCUGCUCUCCUCUUGAAUCAAUACUCAUAAUGAUAGUGAGUGGAUGCAGACACAAAGACAAGGAUCUCCUGUUGCCACCAUUUUAUUUUUAUGAUUUAAAAAAAAAUAAAUAAAUAAAUAAUUCAUGGGUUCUAUGUACAAAUCUGUAACUUUUUGUUUUCUGAUCAGCGGCACCUAAACUGUUAGACUUGGCAGGAACAAUUUAUCUACUGAAUACAGGAGUGGAUGAUGAAGAUGUAGUUUACAGAAUCCUCCAGCAGAGGGAGCUGUUUCUACAGAAUACGCUUGUAAAUUAAUUCAUCACAUGGGACUCGUUAUUCAGAGCUGGUGUUUGAUGUUCACUGAAACAUAAAAUCAUCAUGAAGUGGAUUAAAUGUUUAAUGUGGAACGACGAUGGAGGUCAUCAGAUCUGAAGAGAAGAAGAAGAAUAACAUGUAGGACAGGAGAAGAAGAGGAGGAAGACAAAGAAAAAGAAAAAAAAAAGGGGAGAGUCAGAUUCAGCUUCAGCAGCUCAGACUGACUGCUGUUUGAAUCAUCGACUCUAAUCCGCCUCCUCUCAGACAGCAGGAGGAGGAGGAGGAGGUGCUGCUCUUCAGUCUCACAUCCAGCACCGAAAAGAAACAAACCAGAAGUGAAACAGGAUCCACUGACGAGAUUUAUCCCGACUUUAAAACCAAAGACCUGCUGUGAGCGCUGACGUAAAGGUCUUGGUUUCACCGAGAGGACGAGCUUCAUGUCUGGAAACUGAAGCCUUUAUGACAGAGUGAUGUUUGGAAGACAAAGUGAAGGUUAUUGAAGAAUAAAAGUUUGGAAGCAACAAACAGAUGAUGAAGCUGUGACGCAGUAUGAAUUUUGGUCAAAGACAAACUGAGGUGUGGAAGCUGAAUGUGGCGUCAGUAACAGAAGACGAUCUUUUGGGUUUUUGACCACCAGACGAAGUUUGGAAGCAGCUUCGGCUUUUAAACGCAAGAUAAAGUCUAAGUCUAAGUUUAAACAAACAGAAACUAAGGUUUGGAAGAAGCACUCUGUUUUUAUGAGCAGAAAAUAAACUUUCAAAGCUUCCAACAGAUACAAAGAUGAAGUUCACAUUUGGAAGCAGCUUCAGCUUUUUAACAAACGAGCGAUAAAGUGCGGAAGAAGCCUGAAAUUUUAACAAAGGAAGAAAUGAAAAUUGGAAAACAGUCGUCCGUGUUUUUAUCACUGGAAACAAAGUUCGGAAGCAGUCUGAGUUUUUGAGCAAACAGAAAACAGAACUUGGUCUUACCUUUCAAGAUGAAGUUUGGGAGCAGUUUUUGUAUCCUGAAUGUUGGAGGUCGCAGGUUUUCCUUCUCAGCCGAGCUGAUGAAGCGCCUCCCUCUCAGCAGACUCAGCCGGCUGCAUCUCUGCGUCUCUGAGAGCGAGCUGCUGGAGCUCUGCGACGACUACGACCGCGACAGGAACGAGUUUUUCUUCGACCGGCACUCGGAGGCCUUCAGCUUCAUCAUGCUGUACGUGCAGCACGGCAAGCUGCGCUUUGUGCCGCACAUGUGCGAGUUGUCCUUCUACAACGAGAUGCUGUACUGGGGCCUGGAGAGCUCGGACCUGCAGCCCUGCUGCCAGCGACGCCUCGACGACCGCAUGUCCGACUGCUUCGUCCACUUCUUCCCCGAGGAGGAGGCGCGGCGUCCCGAGGAGCCCCAGAGCCACUGGCUGGAGAGAAUGAGGAGGACGUUCGAGGAACCCACUUCCUCACUGGCGGCACAGAUCCUCGCCUCGGUGUCAGUGCUGUUCGUGAUCAUCUCCAUGGUGAUGCUGUGUGCUAGCACCUUACCUGACUGGAAGGCCGCGGAGACCCUGGACCAGCACAGGAUCAUCGAGGCGGUCUGUAUUGGCUGGUUCACAGCUGAGUGUAUCGUCCGUUUCCUGGUGUCUCGUGAUAAAUGUGAGUUUGUCCGUCGUCCUCUGAACAUCAUCGACCUGUUGGCCAUCACGCCGUACUACAUCUCCGUCACUGUGACGAUCCUGACGGGGGAAAACUCUCAGCUGCAGCGUGCCGGCGUCACACUGCGCAUCCUGCGCAUUAUGCGGAUCUUCUGGGUGAUCAAGCUGGCGCGUCACUUCCUGGGCCUGCAGACGCUUGGCUUGACGCUGCGGCGCUGCUACCGCGAGAUGGUUAUGUUGCUGGUCUUCAUCUGCGUCGCCAUGGCGAUCUUCAGCGCGCUAGCCCAGCUUCUGGAGCACGGCCUGGACCUGGAGGCCGGAAACGAGGACUACGCCAGCAUCCCCGCCGCCUGCUGGUGGGUCAUUAUCUCCAUGACGACGGUGGGAUACGGCGACAUGUAUCCGGUGACGGUGGCGGGCCGCGUGCUCGGCGGCCUCUGUGUGGUGAGCGGCAUCGUGCUGCUGGCGCUGCCCAUCACCUUCAUCUACCACAGCUUCGUCCAGUGUUACCAUGAGCUCAAGGUGCGCUCUGCCCGCUGCAGCCACAGCCUGUCCGCCGACUUCAUCAACUGACCGCAACGCCACCGCUGAGUUCAUCAACUGACCAAGGAUAAAUACUGUUGCCAAGGUGGAUGCAGAAUUUCCAAACAAUCAUCCUUCACAGCUGUUUACUCCUGACUGCUCCUCAGUGUUGAUGCUGAAGCGGGAAAUACUGCAGACAUCAAUAUCUUAGUCACCGAAAAAUACAAAAUGUCACAUUAGUUCCUACAAAAACAACUUAACUUCAGCUGUUUGUUUGCUGCUGCCUUCAGGUUUGUCUCAGGUUUUAGGCGCUUUAUGUUUUAUACCCACCACAAGUAUCGAGCAGUCAGUAACCUUUUAUUUUCUGUAACUUCAGAAUCAUCUCCACUGUAGUUUCAUGGACAGAUCCGUGUGAUCUGAUAGAAAUUACUGGUGAAUAGCCACGAUGUUCGGAGGUAGUUACAUAAUAAAUCUUCACUCAUUUACCUGAGUUCUUACAAAAGAAUCAGGGCAGUAGACACCCACACAGCUGUGCAGAGUCUAGUACAAAAAUCUUCAUGACUGAGAUCCAUUUAAAGUCACAUACAUAUUCAUUUAUCUGUUGGAAUCUUUAUCGGUAGAAUCGUCUAAAAUCUACAAAAAUGCAUUGAAAGUGGAUGAACUGGACACGACUCACCACCUCACAUCGACCUUUCAUCGAGCGGCUCGGCUCAGAGUUGUUUGUCACAUCAGAGGCUCCGUUUUUUUUUUUCUCCUCUGCUGCAGAGUUCAGUCCAACCAAAUCUAGGUCAUGAUGACUGCAUCAUUGUAUUUAUAUCACUGAAAUAUUUCAUUUUGAAAACCAAUACCUUUAUUCCAUCCAUCCAUCCAGGCUUGAAUUAUUACCUUCAGCAUCCCUCACAUAUUGAAUUUUAGUGUAUUGAUAAACCAUGCAUCCAGCAUUUUCCACACUUAUUUAUAAAAGAAGAAUUUGGUCACCCUAUAUGAUGAUGAAGUGGAGAUUAAAUAUAAAGUGAAAGACAUGAUCUUAUAGUAAAACAUUCUUUGUUCCGUUUUUUUUUUCCCCAACAUCUCUGACUGUUAGUAGUUUUUUCAGGCUACACAAAAAUGUCAAAGGUGUAUUAAUAAAUUUAAAUUUCACUCUUUCUGUUUACAUUCUGCCAACAUUUCCCUGUAAAUGAGCUUUUUAUUUUAUCCUGAAUUGAGAAGCACUUUGUUUAUAUUUGCAUUUUUCCUUUUACAUUUACGUUCACUCAUCUUUUAUCCAGAGUGACUCACAAGUGAGGGACACGACUGAAGCUUCAGAGCAGUAGGAGACCUUGGUGUAAGUACUACAUCUAUUCAACAAGUGCAAAGAGAGAAGGUAGAGAAGAGCGAAGUGAGUGUGAGGUAUGUGAUGAACUGGUGAUACAGCCAGUGUUAAAUAAUAAUGGUUCUAAUGUAACGUUCUGCUGCUGUUGGAGAACCUCAUCAGUACGACACAGAGGUGGAGAACCCCCUCCCCUCCUCCUCCUCCUCGUCCUCUUCCUACUCCCCCCUCCCAGGACAGACUGCACAUGUUCAGCUGUUUGUGUCUGUUUUUGUUGGACAGUUGUGGGUUAAAAUCUGUGGUGUAACUGGACACCGUCCACAGUUUCCAUGGCAACGGCAGACUCAGAGACAGGAAGUGGAAGUGUUGGAAACAUUUGGUUUUGAAAGUGAGGAUGUACGAGCUGCUGGAGUGUGAAAUGUCUCACUGGAGAAAGACACUUCUUCUUCUUCUACCAAAGCACAAUUACAUGGACUGUCCCUUUAAUCUUCAAACACUUUUUAUUCCUUCUUUUCCUCUAUCCUUUCUUUUCUUCUUCUCUAUUCUUUCUCUAUUCUUUGAUCAUCUUGAAACAUGUUAAUAAUCAUCAUCAUCACUCUUUCUUUAUUCUUCCUUUCCUUUCUGUUUCUCUUUCAUCCUUCCAUACUGUGAAAUAAAACACAUUAUAUCUG